UCACGAAGUCUGCAUUUCUGCAACUCACUCCCCCCUAUAAAUAUACAGCGAAGCCUCCCAUUUGUACAGCACCUCCAAACCUCCACACAUCUCUCUCUCUCCUCUUUCUCUCUCUAAACUCAGCUCGACGAGGGAUUUUGAUUCAUCGGAGUGACUCGGACGAACGCCGGAGAAAAUGGCCAAGAACGUCGGAAUUCUCGCCGUCGACAUCUACUUCCCCCCUACCUGUAUUCAGCAGGAAGCCUUGGAGGCUCAUGAUGGUGCCAGCAAGGGGAAGUACACUAUCGGACUUGGACAAGAUUGCAUGGCGUUUUGUUCAGAGGUGGAAGAUGUCAUCUCAAUGAGUUUGACAGUGGUUACCUCCCUUCUUGAGAAAUAUGGGAUUGAUCCAAAACAAAUUGGUCGCCUGGAAGUAGGCAGUGAGACUGUGAUCGACAAAAGCAAAUCUAUUAAGACCUUUCUGAUGACAAUUUUUGAGAAGCACGGUAACACUGACAUUGAAGGUGUCGACUCAACUAAUGCUUGCUAUGGAGGAACUGCAGCUUUAUUCAACUGUGUCAAUUGGGUGGAGAGUAGCUCAUGGGAUGGGCGCUAUGGGCUUGUCGUGUGCACUGACAGUGCGGUCUACGCAGAGGGACCAGCACGACCAACUGGUGGAGCAGCUGCCAUUGCCAUGCUGAUUGGACCUGAUGCUCCUGUUGCUUUUGAGAGCAAAAUUAGGGGAAGUCAUAUGGCCCACGUAUAUGAUUUUUACAAGCCCGACCUUGCCAGUGAAUAUCCGGUUGUUGACGGAAAGCUUUCUCAGACUUGUUAUCUGAAGGCUCUUGAUUCUUGCUACAAGGAAUUAUGUAAAAAGUAUGAGAAAUUGGAAGGUAAACAAUUUUCUAUCGCUGAUGCUGAGUACUUCGUAUUUCAUUCUCCCUAUAACAAGCUUGUACAAAAAAGCUUUGCUCGUUUGGUGUUCAAUGACUCCGUAAGGAAUGCAAGCUCCAUCGAUGAGGCGGGUAAAGAAAAGCUGGCUCCAUUUGCUGACCUUCCUGGUGAUGAUAGCUACAAUAGCCGGGAUCUUGAAAAGGCAUCCCAGCAAGUCGCUAAGCCCCUAUACGACACUAAGGUUGUACCAACAACUUUGGUACCAAAGCAAGUUGGAAACAUGUACACUGCAUCUCUUUAUGCGGCAUUUGUAUCCCUCCUCCACAACAAGCACAGCUCCUUGGAUGGCAAGCGGGUGAUACUGUUCUCUUAUGGAAGUGGCUCAACUGCAACCAUGUUCUCAUUGCGUCUUAAUGCUGGUCAACAGCCCUUUAGCUUGGAGAACAUCGCAGCUGUGAUGAAUGUUGGAGAGAAGUAGGCAAGACAUGAGUUCCCUCCCGAGAAGUUUGUUGAAGUGAUGAAGAUCAUGGAGCACAGGUAUGGAGGCAAAGACUUUGUGACCAACCAGGACAUUAGCCUUCUACUUCCAGGCACAUACUAUCUUACCGAAGUUGACUCUAAGUACCGUAGAUUCUAUGCCAAGAAGGAUGCGGCCGCCAUCUCCAAUGCCAACGGUGUGGUUGCCAACGGUCACUGAUGGACGUAAUUCAAGCCGGUCACACGGUUAAGUAGAGAUUUAUGUUGCUAGAUGUCAAACAGAACAUGCUGGCCUCCGUAAGUUUGUAUGUUAAAAGCGAAUAGUUUGAUCGGCAGCUAAGUAUUGUCAGGUUAAAAAAUUGUUUUUGUUUCUUCUUAUUUUUCUUUUUAAUAAAAUUGUUGAAUGAUAAUGAUA